GAGAAAGAAACCGAGAAGAGCUUUUCCACGCUGUGUGAUUAUUUUGUCGUCCAGUCUCCGUACGCCACCGCGCAGGUGCCGUGGGGAAAAAAAAAACUCUUUUUGCCGUUUACUCACCUUCAUUUUUUUCCCGGAAUGGAGUUCCCUACUUUGCCCCCGGGUGACAUGUACGUGUCGUUACCUCCCUUAAAUGGUACCUUCGGCGAUUCGCUCCUGCUGGGGCCCAACAGAACCAACGCCUCCGCGGGUCGGGAGCCUCGGGACACGGCGAGGGUCGUCAUAGCCGUGUGCAUCACCGCCCUCUACUCGCUUAUCUGCGUGGUGGGACUACUGGGGAACGUCCUCGUCAUGUACGGUGUGGUCAGGUACACCAAGAUGAAGACAGCCACCAACAUCUACAUCUUCAACCUGGCUCUAGCAGACGCCCUAGCCACCAUCACCUUACCUUUCCAGAGCGCUAAUUACCUCAUGAGCACAUGGCCUUUCGGGCAGCUGCUGUGUAAAGUGGUUAUCGCCAUCGACUACUACAACAUGUUCACCAGCAUCUUCACGCUCACCAUGAUGAGCGUGGACCGCUACGUGGCCGUGUGUCACCCCGUGAGGGCCCUGGACUUCCGCACGCCAGCCAAGGCCAAGAUCAUCAACAUCUGCAUCUGGAUACUCUCCUCCGCUGUUGCGGUACCUGUGAUGGUCAUGGCUGUUACCAAGGUGACAGACAAAGGCAAUGUGGAUUGCAGAAUCAUAUUUCCCAAACCGGACUGGUACUGGGACACCAUGACAAAAAUCUGCGUGUUCAUCUUCGCCUUUCUGGUGCCCGUCUUGGUCAUCACCAUCUGCUACGGUCUGAUGAUCCUGCGCCUCAAGAGUGUUCGUCUCCUCUCCGGAUCCAAAGAGAAGGACAGGAACCUGAGACGGAUCACCCGAAUGGUCCUGGUGAUUGUGGCAGCCUUUAUCAUCUGCUGGACCCCCAUACAUAUCUUCAUCAUCGUCAGGACCAUGGUGAAAAUUGACCACAAGAACCUCCUGGUGAUGGCGAGCUGGCAUCUGUGCAUCGCUCUAGGUUACACCAACAGCAGCCUCAACCCGGUCCUGUACGCCUUCCUGGAUGAGAACUUCAAGAGAUGCUUCAGGGAUUUCUGCCUGCCCUAUCGCACCCGCAAGGAGCAGAACAGCUUCUCCAGGGGCCGCAACAGCACCAGGGAGCCUGUGUCAGUUUGUGCUCCCACCGCCACAGACAGACCGCCCGCAUGACUAGGCGUGGACCGCUUGGGGAUCCAAGAGGACCUCCAGACGGAAGUCACACAGUUCUCCACCACAGGAGUGUAAGCGUGUACAUGUUGGCAUUUGUUCCACUGUCUGUUUUAGCUCGAGAUAGAAGAGAGACUUGUCUUGCAGAGUUGUAAAAAAUGCCAAUGUGUGCCUGUAGAUCCUUAAAUAACAGAUAGAAAUGUACAUGUAGACAACUGACAAAUUAAAGGAAAGAAACAUGAACGUAGCUGCUUUUACAAAAGCAUGGAAAACUCUUAAAACAUAAAUCAAAAACUACCAUAUAUACACACAUCACAAACUCAAAAUAUAGCUUACAUACUCUAAUUUUAAAGCUGAGUAUAUUCAGCGUGUGACACUUGUUGGCAUAAUAUAACACUAGAGGCUAGCAUGUUAGCUUUUAGCUAGCUUACAGUCAGUAACAGUAAAAAAAACAAACAAAAAAAAAUAUCUUGAAACAUUUUAAAAGCUUAAAGCGAUAGUUCUGAUUUUUUUGACCUGAAGUUGUAUGACCCAGCGACUACCUGGAACUACGGUCUUCAUCACCGAACUCCGACCAGAACUGGACUUAGGGGACCAAGUGGGGGGUGAGUCGCUGUUUAUGGACUACACUGCUGAUGGGGAUGUCAUACAAUUUCAUUCAAAAAACCUGAACUAUCCCUUUAACUUACGAAGACAUAAGUAGUGCUAAAGUAAUUAACAUCAUAAAAACAACACUAAUAGAGUGAACGUUAGCCCUGCACUGGAAGAUAGGCUAAAAUCCUAAAAAGUAUAAAAUGCUGUGAGGUAGUGGAACCAUUUUAGUGGUGACUGGAUGAGUAAACAUUUAUUAAAAGAUGACUAUUACGUACAUUUUCUGUUUUGACACUGAUAGUUGAAGCGUUAUGUUCCAAAAACUGCAAAUGCUAAAAUGUAUGGGUCACCAUUCAACAAUGUACUAAACAUCACAGACAACACUGAGUGUAAGUGAUUUAGUAUAAAAAUUAACAAUUGAAAUAAAGCUUUAGUUAGCAAGCUAGCUAGCAUGUAUAUUUUCCCACUGCUUCUUGUUGCUAGGCAGAUUUCUUACUCCGCAAAACAAAUCUGAAAACACAACUCUAAGAUUAUGAGACAAGCUAAACAACAAACCAUUGUUCUGUCUGAAAAGUAAGAAGCUUUUUCCACCACAGCGCCAUCUGCUGGAUACACACAUUGGGUCUGACUGUGGCCAUGACAAAACAUCUUUUUUACGCUUGUGCUCCUUUCAUGUCACCUAUCUGUACAUUGUUACACUUCACUGGUGCAUUCUACACAGCACUACUGAUACUACAACUGUCAACAGUGUACUCAACAUCACAGCUGACCGUUUAUGAGAUGCAUUAGAAAAAGUAACACCUGAAACUUGUAAUAUACAUUUAAAGGCAAAGCUUUGUGUUAGUAUUAGUUAUUGGUAUCAAAACUUCAGCUUUUUCUUGUUACAUUUUGGCUUUUUGCUCUAUUUUUCCCCAUUUUGCUGGGGGUUUUUUUGGUGUAAUUUUAUUUCUACAAUGUGCCGUAGGCUAAUAAAAAACAACUUCGGGCUGCAAAUCGCCCUCCGGACGCAGUUUGGACACCCCUGAUUUACUGUAUGUUCAUAUUUUUGUUACAUUCAAAAUGCACCACACAGACACACACACACAGGCUGUGUUUUUUUAUCUCCCCCCCCCAUUCCACUUCACUUCGGCGCCGUGAAGUUAAAGCUACCGUGGGAUUAGAGCAUUGCUCUGUGUCAACUUUAGAGGUGUUUGGAGACAUCCAUGCCAUAUGUGGAGAACAGUGCAGGACUCGCAGCGCAGUGUAUAAACAUACUGUUGAUGUUGGGAUUGUGUUGCACCAAAACACACGCGCGCACACACGCACACAGACACAUACAGCUAACAUGAUGGAGACCAGAGGUGAAGAUGACAACAGCCAUCACGGUUCAGCUAAAUCACCUUCUUAUUCAGCUCGUAUUCGCUUGUAAAUAGCUGACACUAUGUGGACAAAAGUAUUGGGACACCUGACUGUUGCAACUGGCAACACUUUCUACAAGACGGAGUGUAUUUUUUUUUAUUGUCCAUUCACCCAGGAACAAGUGGGGUAAAAGGUCACCGUUUGGAUGGACUCUUUCACGCCAAACUCAUCCGAGCACAUCUUUGUGGCGCAUUGAGCACAGAAAAGGCCUUAAUGGUGUCCAGUAGGUUUUGUCCAUGUAAUGUGUGUUUGUGUGCCAGAGAAGCGAGACAGAAAAGUCUUUGCGGCUUAAUGAGUAUCCAGUGACAUGGAUGUGCUAAUGUGUUUCAGGGAAAAAUUGCAUUGAAUUUACUGGAAGUCCCUUCUUGUGAUGGUAAAUGGGAGACAUAAUGACAGAUGAAGGGCGCAUUAAUAUUCAAUGUCAAUGAAGUGGAAGUUCUAUAUGCCUGUGCGGCUUUUUGGGAGACAAUGGCGAAAGAACACGAGUGGAGAAAACUGUCGCUUUCAAGUAUCCCAUCGUGACCAUCAGCUGACUCACUGUUCCCACUCGUCUUGUAGUGGACCGGCUCCUCUUUUUCUGCACGACUCAAACAUUCAAGCAGGAAGCUUUCAAGAGGAAAGGCGGCACAGCGAGCUGACUCAAUGACCACAAACAGCCAUGCAGGAAAGUCAUUAGUGAAUCAACAAUACUACAGUACGUCUGGUGGGGCAAUUUUCCAUGAACGAUUCUAGGACAUUUGUACCGGGAGAUUUGCAUCUCCAUCCCGAGUGUAAAUAAUGUAUUGUUCUGUUUGAGCAAUAAGUGAUGAUGUGAUUUAUUUAGCUGCAAUGUGCUAUUGUGUUGCUUAGCCGCCAUCAGAAACACAACGACAUGUUAUGUAAGCGUGUAUUUUCACUAUGCUCAGUAUGAAGGAGUAUUACAGACAAAUUCAAACACAACAAUGAAGAAAAAGAACAAUAAAGAAAAUCGGAGAAAAGGGUGGAAUUUUGCCAUAAAAAAAACAAAUAAAUAAAAAAUAAUAAUAAAAUAAAUAAUAAAAUGAAUUAUAAUAAUAUGGUGUAAAAGAAAUGUUAGAGAAUGAAGUUGUAUUUAUUUUUUUUUAGUAAUAAACUUUACAUUUCACCUGAAUUACGUUGUAAUAUUACUAGAAAAAUGUGUGAUGUUAUGAGAACAAAGUUGUGUUAUUUUCCAGGAAAACAUUGUAAUAUUAUGUGCAUCAGUAGGAUCAGGGCAAAAAAAACAAAACAAACAAAAACAAAGUGGAAAAAACACCAACUUUUUUACGACAGGAAACAAGCUGUGACGAUUGAAAAAAACGUGACGAUGCUACAAGAUUAAAGUUGCAUUUGUAUGAUAAGAAAAAAAUUAAUAUAAUAUUAUGUGCAUCACUACAAAGGCGUAUUGAGUGCCAGUAAAAACAUUUCAAUCCUGAUUUUAAAAAGCACUUUUACAACAAUUAAAGUGUUGGAAAAAAAGUUGUGAUGUCAUAAAAAGAAAAUUGUGUUGUAAUGUAGCAGGACAUGCAUCAGUCAUAUAAAGGCGAAACAGAAAUGUACAAAUAGUCACAAGUCACAUUUUCUUGCAAGAAAAACAUGUGGAAUUUUACAACUGUUAAGUGUAAGUGUCACAAAAUAAAGUUGCUGUUUUUUUCCCCCCAGAAAAAUGCUAUAAAGUUAUGUGCAACAGUAGUAUUAAAGCCAAACUGAAACAUAAAAAUGUACAAUUCCAGUAAAAUUCCGAUUGAUAAAGAGAAACUUUUUGCAAUAAUAAGUGCAUCGGUACACUGAAAGGUAAAAAAGUUAAAUUAUGGAUUUAAAAAAAAGCCUUUGUACAAAAAAAAAGUCAAAUAAAGACCCCCCCCCCAGAAUAAAAUCUGAACACUGUUGUGAUGUUGCAAGAAUAAAGUUACAGUAAGAGUGUUAGUAAUAUGAAAUGAGCUUAAACAAAUGAUUUUACAAGAAUAGAUGAAAAUGUUAUUUUUUUCCAAGUAAAAAUAAUGAAUACAGUUGUUUCAGCAAGUGAAUGUCCAAAUUCCCGACACUCUAACACAAACAACAGUACAUGACCAGUCUCUCUUUCCAGGAGCCUUCUAUACAGUAUGUUUAUUAGGUAAUAUAAUGACAUAUAUAUAAUGACUUGAAUAAACCCUUUUCUCCUAUAAUAAUGAGCAAAUUCAGAGUAUUUUAGUAAAAUGACAAUUGUUGCUCUUGUAAACUAUGACUUAUCUCUUAAUUUGACCAUUUUUCCCCAUCAGCAAUACUCCUUCACAUAUCACAAACAUCAUCUAUCUUGCCCUGUACUUCUGUAAAAGGAAACUUUAAAUGUAUUUUAUAACACUUUGGGCCUAAUGGCCAUGUGUACCAUAAUGCCUUACUCAGCAUUUGGUUUUGCUCUUUUAUGAAAACCUUUUUGUACAAAAAAAGGCUUUUUGGCAAGCAUUAUUUGAAUAUGAGCUAGCAGAAGUGGUGUUGUUCGUGCUCCUAGUGAACCAUGAUCAGUGGAGAAGAGUCAUUUUGGUUCCAGCGGUAGUUAUCGUGAAUAUCCUUGACACUUGUAAUCUAUGUAAAUCCCAGUCAGAUGGCAGGAGAGUCUCACACGGAAAUAAACACGACCAAGAAUGGAUUCGUGAGUACGAAGGGGUUGAAGGGGGGUCGUGAGGCAGUGGUGAAAAACUGUGGCGGUCACAAGGGUAGAUGUGAGACAUUUAAAGAAUGAGUGUAAAUGUCACCAAACCAAAUGAAAGCACAAUAUGUCAUACGUCAGGGAUGCUACAUCUUUGGAGUUCAUGGCCACUAAAAUACCAAUGGGAACUGGUGAUUUCUAGUUUUGCAGCUUUUAAGUAUAUCCUGAAGAUGUAUAAUGCAUGCUCAUUUGCACUUAUUUACCGAAAAUCAUUUGUUGUUUGCUAUGUUUCUCCUGGUAAUAAAAUAACAUAACAUGCAUA